AUGGCUUCUGUGUCGUCGCUGGACCAGGACAUGCGCAAUCUGCGCUUGUCCAAAUACACUCCUCAAGCCGCCAACGAGAUUCGCUCCUGGAUUGAAGAAACACUCGGCGAAACACUACCACCAGGCGAUCUUCUCCAGGAUGUACUCAAGGACGGUGUCGUCCUAUGCAGACUUGCGAACCUAGCUCUGCCCGCUCCAGGACUCAAGUUCAAAAGAUCCGCCAUGCCAUUUGUUCAGAUGGAAAACAUCUCACAUUUUCUGCGAGCAUGUGAAUCCCCUCCGCUGAACAUGCCUGCCCACGACCGCUUCCUAACCGUCGACUUAUUCGAGUCCAAGGAUCCUGCCCAAGUUCUCCAAUGCAUCAGCGCUUUUAGUCGCGUUGCUCAUGCUGUUAGCCCGGCUAACUUCCCCAACACUAUUGGUCCUCAGAGGAGCGCAACACUAAGUCCUGCCGGUAAUGGCCCUACUACCCGGAACGCCCGACCGGUAGCGCCGAGCCCCCUCUCUGCUAAACCCUCAUUCGCUGUUCCUUCUACCAGAUCUAUGAGUCCUGCUCUCAGUGGAGGCUCUUCUGACUCACGCGCAAUCGAUAAUGGUCUCAAGUCACCUCGAGGCACAGUUAGUAGCUGGACUAAGGCAGGUGAUCGAGGAAACACAGCGCCCGCUUGGAACAUUGCUCAGUACGGCUACAUGGGUGGUGCCAGUCAAGGAAACCAGGGCGUCAUGUUCGGUGGAAGGAGACAAAUUACUACUGCAGCACCUCACGUUCCUGGGCAGGGUGAAUCUGAUUUCAGCAAGAGACGUCGCGAAAGGGAAGCGGAAGAAGAACGCCUCAAACAAGAGGCCGAGGAAGCCGAGUACAAGAGGAAGACUGAAAGGGAGGCUGAGGAAGAACGCGACAGAAUCGCCGAAGAACAGAAGUGGGAGGAAGAAGCCCGUCGCACAAGAGAGCAAGAGAGACAACGAAUCUUAGAGCAAAAGCGACAAUGGGAAGAACAGGAGAGAAGAUGGAAGAUCGAGGAAGAGGCUCGCCAAAGAGAGCAGGAAGCAGAUGCAGCUGAUGUGGGCCUGAAAGGACAAUACUUGAACCAGCAUCAAGCCGACCAAGGUGCCCGCAGAUCUAGUGCGCAUGAAGACACGCCCGAAAGAAUGAGAGUUCGUGAACUCGAAAAACAGCUCGAAGAGGCAAGGGAGCGUGAGCGUCAAUAUCAGCAAGAGCGCGAAGAGCGCGUGCAUCGGAACAGCAUCCACUCGCGGCCCUCUACCGCGAGAUCACAGCAGGAAGCAGAUCCAGUGCCUAGAGCACCUUCACCAAAAGAUAGCGACGUUUCUUGGGCACCGAUAGAGGACGAAGUGCUAAACAGGAACAUGCCUGCGCCUGAAAUGCCCCGCGGAUCAUCGAGACCUCUUCCUACACCAGCAACAAGACAGACACCUGCUCUACCUGAACGUACGGCAUCACCAGCAGGACCACGUCCUCUACCAGAUCCUUCAGCAUAUCGCCCUGUUUCACCAGCGACGACGCGUACUGAUCGUUACCUUGCUGACAAUCCUGCACCCGUGUCGCCAAAGCCUGUUGCUCACCAGCCGCGGGAGAUGGGCUAUACAUCAACAUUCGAAGAGCAAAGCGACAGAGACCGCCGAAUUGCAUCGCAACAAACGACCAAGGCUGGAGGAUGGGCGUCCAAAUCUCUCUUGGAACGUGAAAUGGAACGCGAAAGAGAGAGACAGCGGGAAUGGGAAGCAAACCAACAAGCGACCAAAGAAGUAGCCAAAGACUUGAGCCAAGGAAGCGGCGCAGGGCAGAGCUGGGAUGUUCAUCAAUAUGGCUACAUGGGAGGAGACAGCCAGAACCGAGGCUCGAGUGCAGGCAGCGGGAUAGGAUUUGGUGGUCGGCGCCAGAUCAUCGGACCCCGCCCUCCCCCAGGUUCGUGA